UCAAAGCUUAGUCAGUUAAGGAACAUUAAGACAUGGAAAGGAUUUGUUGACUCCAUCAAAAAUAUCACAAAAGAAUUGAAACAAGUGUCUGAACUAGCAGUAGCCAGACAAGGAGAGAUGAAAGGCAAUGCUGCACAGCAGCUUCUUGUUGCUGCACAUACUGAACUCAAGCAAUGCAAUAAAAUACUAAUAACAUCAACUAAAAUAUUUCUUGAGCACCCAGAAGACCCACAUGCUCAAGAGAACAGAGAUUAUGUGAUCCAGAGAAUGCAAGAAGCAGUCAAGACAAUAUCAAUGCUAGCGGAUGGAAUGGACCCUCUUGAAAUACAGCAAAAGCAGACCGAUGAUGAAGAAGAACAAGAAAGUGAAGAUGAAUUUGAGCCCAUACCACCACCACCUCCUCCUCCUCCUACUCUACACUUGUCCUUGCAUGCUCAACCUCCUUUGCCUCCAUCACAAGCUCCUCCUGCUAGUAAACCUCUUGUUCCAAGGGACCCAUCAUCCCCUCCCCCUCCUCCUCAUAUCCCAAGAGAACUUGGAAAGAAAAUACAAACGUUUGAAUCAAUGUUGGAGAUUAGUAUGGGGUCUCCUCCGGUUGAAGCACCUCGGGAUCUUCAAGCUGGCUUUGAUAUAAUAAUGGCUGCAGCUGCAAACCUUGCUGCUUCAGAAUCAACAAGGGAUCAGCAUGGUCUGUUAGCACAAUGUGAUGUUGUGCGUGAAAAACUGCAGGACUUUAUAUCAGUUAUUAAGACAGAGCCAAUUAGUGAGAAGAAAGAUGCUGAAGAUAAAGAUAGCAGUGAUGAUGAAGGAAGCAACGUACCCAAACCACAGAGACUGAAGCAAAGCAUUACUGUAGUUGAAGAAGAAACAGCAACCCUUAGAGCAGAGCUUAGGAGAGCUAUGAUUGAUCAUGUUUCUGAUACUUUUGUUGAUCCAUUAGCACCACUGGUCAGGCUAGUGGAUGAUGCAUCCAAAGGUGACACAGUGGCAGUGGAAGAAUCUUCUGCUCAAUUUGUAGCACACGCUGACAAAUUAGCCCACGUAACUAAUUUGGUAUGCUCACUAAGCAGUGAUAAUGCUGAUACACGUCUAGUUAGAAGAGCUGCUAAACAAAUGAACUCACUUAAGCAACAGGUUGUUUGUGCUGCAAAGACACUGGCAGCUCAUCCAAAGAGUGAAGCAGCUAAGAAGAACCUCACAGCAUUCAAGGAAGCUUGGGUUGAUAAAGUUACUUUACUCACUGACUCACUGGAUGCUGUCAUCCCUCUACAGGAUUUCAUUGCAGUGACAGAGGCUCAUGUUCGUGAAGAUAGUCGACAUUUCAUGGAAAUGGCAGAGAGUCAGAACUUUAUUGGAACUGCUAACAGUGGUAAUGUAAUCCAGGGCCGAUGUCAGAGAAUGGUCCAAGUUCUUUUUGCUGAUAUUGGGAACAAUCCAUCGCGAUACUCACACGAGCAUGUACAUGAAAUAGAGCAGCAUACGAAGAAACUUCAAGAACAAACACUGGUUGAGUUUCAGAAAAAAGUUGCCGAGCUGCCAAAGAAGCAUGGAACUAAGUAUUACAAUUCUGAAGUUCAAAAACUUGAAGACCAUCUUCAACUCAUCAAUGACAGUGUAAGAGACAUCAGGAAGAGUGUGCUGAAAACAAGAACAAAGGCAGAAUUAGAAGCAGAGCCUGAUGCUGAUGAUAUAAUGUCUCCUGCCCCAAUGACCGCAUCUUCAUCAGACAUUGACAUAUUCUCAAAUCAAGGAAUGAGACCACCCAGCCCUAUUCUGAGAAGAGGAGAUCAAAUGAAUUCGCCACCUUCCCCCUCAUGGCCACUUGAUAUAGUGGUCGAAGAGGUUGAGAUGUCACCGGAUGAAUAUAAGAGAUAUUUAUCAGCAACCAGUACACAGAUGAGCAGCACUGGGCAACUCCUUGAAGAUAUCAUGGAGGAGAACGAGGAUGAUGGUAACAACUCUUCUGCAACUACCUCUUGCUCUUCGUUCAUGAAACCUGAGGAUGAUGAAGGCCCCAAGAAAUCUGGAGAGGUUUCAGAAACAGCAGAAGCAGGAGGGGACACUGAUGGCCUCACAAAGAUAUCAGACGAUACUUACAUGACUAAUACUAUAAGAAGAAGGAUAAUCAAGCGUACACCUAGUGUGGUUGUUCUUAACGAGAGCGAAACUGCUCAGGCAAAAAUGGCUCAAUUGCCAGCCCAUGAAAGAGCAAGGAUUGCAGAAGCUCAGCAGAAGCUUGAUGUAGUAAAGAAUAAGCUUGAAUCAGAAGUGAAUAAGUGGGACGACAGUAGUAAUGAUAUUGUACUAUUAGCUAAAGAAAUGUGCUGGAUGAUGAUGGAUAUGAGCGAUUUUACAAGAGGAGAAGGUCCACUUAAGACAACAAUUGAUAUUACUAACACAGCCAAGGACAUUGCAAGGGCUGGUCAAGCUUUAGAAAAACUGGUCAGAGAAGUAGCAGAUAAAUGUCCUGAUGAAAGCUGUCGUAAAGAUCUUUUAGCUUACAUGGAGAGGAUGCAACUGUGCUGCCAUCAGCUCAAAAUAACAAGCUCUGUGUCUGCUGAUCUUGGUGCAUCAGUAAAAGAAGCUGUUGAAACUGCUAAUAGCAUGAUCAUAGCUGCCAAGAGUUUGAUGACCACUGUUGUCCAAGUUGUAAAGAGCUGCUAUGUAGCUUCUGUGGCUAUUGAAAGGAAGGAUGGAUCGAAAUCAGUUCAUUUUAUGCAGUGGCAGUUAAUAAGGCCGCCUAAGAAAAAGCUAAUGUACAGCCGUGAAUCACUUAACUCUCAGGGAUAUUACAGGGAGACUCCUCGACACUCAAUAUCACCAAUAAAGGAGCUUGGAGAUUUUAAAGGGAGAGAGAGAGCAGGAGCUAGAAUGGGAGAAAAUGAUUUUUUAUAACACAAAUGAAGCCUAAUUUGCUACAAUUUAUAAAUAAUUAUGUCAGCAAUUUAUAAUGUGUCACAAUUUUUUAUUACAACAAGCAAAAAUAGCCACACCAAA